AUGUUCCCGGGAGUGGUGAAAGCCUUCAUAUUGUAUCUCGUCAAGAUAGAUGGGCCCCCGGCAUUCGCACUUUUCACACUUCCGCCGCCCCCCAACUGCCGGCCAAAUUCCGCCAACCAUCCGGCCGCUACCAGCAAUACUUUGCCAUACGCCUACAUUCGAUCACGCGAGCUCCGCCACGGUACUUGGACCAAACGGGUGGACUGUGAAUCGCGUAUAGUUGGCUCUCCAGAUCUAACGAAUUCCGCCGAGGUACGUAAUCCAAUUGGGCAGACUGUGGAUCGCCUAUCGCCCAUUGGCUCUCCAGGCAUUCGACGAUUUGAGCUGGUUUUGGACAACAGCCCCCUUGCCGCACUGCUUGCACCCAGCUCAAAAAAAUCUCAAUCUAGCACUGUUUUAACCGCUUCAAACGUCGUUGGCACCCAGCUCGCUCCACCGUUUUUAACCGGCCUGCACAAUCCGAAGUCGGCUGCUUAA